GCUGGUCCUGUUUCUCGUCAGAGCAGUCGUCUGGGUUCUCGGGAGCCUUGGCUAUCAAUAUGGAAUUGGAAGAUGUGAAGUCUGAUCUAUAUGCCUUGCGAAAGUUGUAUGAGCUUCUCCAACGAAGUGCAGAUGGGCCACACCGUGGAGAUGCUAUAUAUUUGGAUCAGAGAGCACAAAUGCUAUUUAAAGAUCUCCUGGAUUACGCUACAGAAGGAAUUUUUGGGACCUUCAGGCAGAUCGUAUCAGCUCAGUCUGCGACCCGUGAAGGUUCCAGUUCCCCUCAGCCGUCUCAUUUUACACCUACUUUAGUGUCUCUUGUUCUACCUAAUCGCCCACGGACAUCAUCUGGUGCCAUCGACGUCUUGAGAGAUCCUAUUUUACCCGACACUACCCGAAAGGAGGACGAGUGCUUGCCUGCUGAGAGCACUCCUAACAAAUUGGUUCCUAAGCCAUCGAAACUUAGCAUCUUGUCGAGCAAUCAGGGAAGCCAGAGGAAGCAGUGCAGGGUUUGUCGAAGAAACAUUGUGAAACAACAGAUAUCUGGUAAAGAGCCAGAGGUAUCAGCUAACAGCAUAACACGAACAGUCAAUGGUCAAGAAAGAAUUGACUUUCGAGGUGGCGAGGGGAAAGCAAGAAGCAGUUUUGAGAACUAUGGAGAUGGGUCUUUUACAAGUACACAAGAGCCACGAAGCCACGAAAGAGUCCUCAACCUCGAACACCAAGCAAGGAUUGCUGCUCCUGUAACAACUAUCUCCACAAGUUCUCUGGCUUUUGAGCAUAGAAAACCUAGAGGCAGGUACAGAACCCAAUUUGCUCCUGAGAUUCUCAAGCAAUCUGAUGGAGCUAGUGAUUUCACAAAAGACUUAACUGAUGCCAUCAAACAAAUUGAAGCCCGCAUCUACGUACUGCAACUUUAUUCUCAAACCAAGGAGUUGAUCACGAAAGUAACAUCACAAAGUGGAACAGGUAAGGCAGUCGGUGCAAUUCGUCCUAUGACGGAGCCAAACGAGCAGAAAUUUACAGGAUUUAUGCCGGAACAUGGUGCACCUAUGACAAAUGGGUCGCCGCUUCAGGACUGGAGUCAGACUGCACAUAGCCAAGAGAACUUCAGUCAGGCACACCAGUUGCCAAGUGAGAAAUCCAAGCAUGGAGCCUCAAAUUUUACCAGUCAUCAGACGGGAGUUUUGCUGCGGGACGCUGGUGAGAAUCAGAGUUGGAACUUGACUGCAAAAAGUGGUAAGGACCUAGUGAGCCAAACAGGUUUGUGCAGUGAAUUUCGUGGGAUUAAAUCAGGGGAGUACGACAAUCGGAAACGGAAAAAGACUCUGGUCCCGCCACAAAAUGCGAAGGCCAUGGUGGAGAAACUGGAGACUUCGCAGAAUCAUAACAAUCAUCCGAUUAGUGUUAAAGAUAAUAUGGUUCACGGUUUAAUGGUUCCACCAAGUUUUGCUAAUGCGCCAAAGAAGCCUCCAUCGGCUAUUAAUCAAAAGCAAAUGGCUAGGGAAAACUCAGCGGUGACGUUGGCAAAACCGAGACUACUCGUCCCUCCUGAGUCAUCGGCCUCCAUUGCGGCCGUCAGUUCAAGCAGCAAGUUCAGAAGCAAAACCAACAUGCCUCUCCGUGUUACUCUCAAACCAACACUCAUGGACCAGUUCUCCAGUAAAAAAGAGGCGCCUAUGCAUAGACGAGCGCAAAUGAUGCCAAAGAAGACUAGCGUAAGAGCAAGGAAUAAGAUGGUCCAGCCUCGGCGAGAAUCAGAUCAUCGCAGGUCGAGCUCUCGAAGCUCAUACAUCAGCAGGACCAGCGAUGGCACUAGCACAAGUAGCAGGACCAGUGAUGAAACUAGCACAAGUACCAGCAACAGUGAGGCCUAUGCAGAUACUGACUUGUCGACCGGAUCCAGAAGGACAUGGGAAGAGAGCAGCUCUUCGUCCUCUGUCCCAACCUGCCGCAAUGGUCAAGUGGAUGCCUCAUAUGCACCGGACCCUAGGAGGAGAGGGUCCAUAUCUAGCCAUCCAUCUAAUCACGAGAAGGGGGUUGGUCGGCUGAGACGAAUGAAGGACAAAUUGGGCCUCAUAUUCCACCACCACCAUCAUCACCACCAUCACCACCACCAUCAAGGAUAUUCGGACGACCGGGAUAAGAAAUUGCAGAGACGCCCCGCAACUUCUAUGUGGAAGCAAGUGCGGGGAAUGUUCCAUAGGAGAAACGAGAGAGAUGUGAAUAAAGCAACUAAGUCGGAUAAACACCAAGUUGGUCGUUUUCAUGCUCUUGUGGAAGGGUUGCUGAGGCAUCUACAACACACUAAGAAUUCAAAGGCAUCGAGAGGCAACGGUGUAAGAGUCCACAAGAAGAAGAAAUCGCGUUGGUGGCCAAAGUUGAGACAUCGCGGCGGGAUGAAGCUGCCCAAUAGAGGACGGGUGAAGCUAAAGUUGCCUGGUAAAAGGUCACGGAUGAAAGCUCUCAAAAUGCAUUAGUCACUAAUCAGAAUUAACAAGUUGUGUUCUACAAAACGUGGUGUAAUUUGCGCCUAAUUUUAGCACUGAUAAGUGAUACCUUCCCGCCACCCAACACGGAAAUUACCGUGGCAUAUAAAUUCAUGCUCUUGAAGGUGGCCC